CAUACAAUUGUUUAUUUGGCUUCGGGGAGAUGUGAAUUUUGGAAAGUUACUUAAAAAAAUCAAAUAAAGUUUAAUUAACCACAAUAUAAUUAAAAACAAAUCCAAAAUUUAAAAUAGAUCAUUAAGUUCUCUGCGUAGCACUUGUGAGUUAAAGAAAAAGACCUCUCAUUUACUCACAAAAUGCCUGUUAAGAACGAUGGUGAAACUGAUGCAGAAGGUGACGUUUCUGGAGCCGAAUCGGAGCACUCGAACUCCAGCCAGGGCCAUGAGACAAGUGCAGAAGAAGCCGAUGAGAUUGAAUCUGAUGAUUCAUCUGAAAUGGAUGUCGCUGAAAUCGAUAGAAGACGCAGUGAAUAUAUUGAAAAUCUAUCACAACUGGAAACUCAGUUUACCAUUCUACGGGAACAAUACUACCGCGAGAGGUACAACCAAAUUGAAUUUCAACUAUCCGAAGUUCGAAAUAAUCGCUCCGACGAGUACCUGCAGCCGUUGAAACAAUUAGACAAAAACUACCGCAACCGGAUCGAAGUGGCAGAUAUUCUGCGGCGCUACAGGAUCGACAACAUAGAACACAAGUUUCUUUCAGAAGAACAAGCUGCCCGACAAAAUUUCGAGAGUGAGAAACAACUAGCCAUGGAUCAAAUGUACGAGGAAUUAAUGGAGAAAAUCCGUCGACUUGAGGAGGACAGGCACAAUGUUGACAUAUCAUGGGCAGAUUGGGGCACAGAUAAGAGAACAAGUAAAGUCCGAGGGCCGGGUCGUAAGAAAGCAGUCACCGUAUCCGGGCCGUAUAUUGUGUAUAUGCUUCAGGACGAGGACAUAAUUGAAGACUGGAAAGCGAUUAGGAAAUCUCUAAAAAGGUCCGCCACAUCAACGUGAUGAUGAUUAUGAUCUCGUGGUUCAUAACAUAGUCCAGGCAUAUUCUUAUUAAGCUAAUCACCUCGGCAUUCAUUUUUCGAACGUUUAUUUUUAGAUUAUAAUAGAGUUUUAUCAAGAAGAAUAAAAGUUACAAAUGAGAUAGUGCAAACUAAGAUAAUAAAAAUGCAAUGAUAGUUUUUCAAACAAGCUCAAAA